AUGAUGACAUCAGUUAAGGAGUUGGUUCGUCCACCAAGCGGUCGUGCUGUAGGGAUAUUCAAGGUAGACAUCGACAAAAGAUGGUGCGAUUGUGGUGAAUUUCAAGCAUUACACUAUCCAUGUUCACAUGUCAUUGCCGCUUGUUCGUUUAUUCACCAUGACUACAUGAUGUAUGUGUCUUCUAAGUAUACAUUGCAAUGUAUCUUUGACGUUUACAAGGAAGAGUUCCCAGCAAUUCCUCUUCAAUCAUAUUGGCAAGAAUACAAUGGAACAGAGUUGUGCCACAAUCUAGCCAUGAGAAGAGAUCCAAAAGGUCGUCCACAGUGUACUCGUAUUCAUACUGAAAUGGAUCAACGAGAGAAAAACACACACCCCAAUAGAAAUUAG